CUGACAUUCCAUAACAGGAAGCACCUGCUUGGUCAUUAUUUGUAUUUUUCAUCCUAUUAUGUUGAAUUCCCAGUUAAAUAUGUGGUUUUGUAUGAAUAUCCGUGAGCCACAGUUUCCGUGUGUUCAUCAUGUUUAGUUUGGUGCUGGUUUCCGCUCUGUCUGUGCUUCUGACAGUGUUUUUUAUUCCUCGUCAAUGGUCUGAAUCUGAAUGGUUUGGAAAUGAAUCAGCAGAUCUGCGGCUCCUGAGCAGCAGCGACUUAAAGCAGUACGGAGGGGAGGAGGGCAGCAGGGGCCUGUACCUGGCCCUGCUGGGACAGGUCUUUGACGUCCACAGGGGACACAAGCACUACGGACCCGGUGGGGCUUAUCACUGCAUGGCAGGUAAAGAUGCCUCCCUGUCCUUCAUCACGGGGGACUUCACAGACACUGGUCUCACAGAUGAUGUGUCCAGUCUGUCUCCUGUGCAGCUGGUGUCCCUCUAUGACUGGUUGGACUUUUACCACAGGGAGUACCGACAUGUAGGUUUCGUGAUUGGUCGGUUUUAUUCGGAGGCGGGGCAUCCCACAGAGACCCUUCAGCAGGUGGAGGCGUCAGCGGCCGAGGGGCGGCGGCUAAAGGUCCAGGCGGAGGCGGAGAAAGUUCAGUUCCCACCCUGUAACUCAGAGUGGAGUUCAACCAGCGGAGGCAGAGUCUGGUGUUCCACCAGGAGCGGUGGAGUGGAACGGGACUGGACUGGGGUUCCGAGGAGGUUCUUCGCUCCUGGAUCCAGCAGCGCUCGCUGUGUUUGUGUCAAAGAUCCAUCUGAGAAUGACGCCCACCUAAAGGAAUACGACGGCUGCCCCUCACAUUCACACUCAUGUCAUUUAGAGGAUUCUUAAUGGAAAAUGGACCGACGGACAGUUAGAACGGGGGGGUCCAACAGACAGCCUGUGGACCAAAACCAGCCCAGCAGAGUCCAAACCUGCCCAGGAGAUCCAAAAACGACAGACAUUAAGACCCAAUACCAAUUUUUCUCACGUCAGAGAUUUCAAAUACCGUGUUCGGACCCAUCUGUGUUUUUUUUGGUUUGUUUUCGUCUGCUGUAUAUCAUUAGAUGAUUUGUAAUGUGGAUUAUAUUUUUAUUG